AACUAGGUAGAUUAUGUAUACUCUAAGCUAAAUGUACAUGCCUUGUUUGGCCAAUUCGGUCGAUUGUGGAAGAAACUCGAACGUUUUUUACUUAUCGAGAGGAGUAUCUAGCCAUAGCGCUAGCUGCUUUUAGCUGCUUUUGGGACAGGAUAAUUCCGGUUUCCCCCAUGUUUCCACUAGUCACAAGAAUGGUCAUAACUUUUAAUCAAAAUAAGGAGUUCAGAAAUGGCUGCCAGAGCAUUCCUUCCAGAGGAGGACCUCACCUGUCCUAUUUGCUGUGACAUAUUUAAGGACCCUGUCCUCUUGCCCUGUUGCCAUAGCUUCUGUAAAGCCUGCCAGGAGGAAUGGUGGCGACAAACAGGAGCCCAGAGUUGCCCGGUGUGCAAGAAAAUAUCAUCAAUGGCAAACCCCCCUGUUAACCUGGCUUUAAGGAAUCUUAGUGAGGCCUUUUUACAAGAAAAAAGUCGGAUAGCUGUAGAAGGAUGUGAUGUUCUUUGCAGUCUGCACGGUGAGAAGCUUAAGCUCUUCUGUUUGGAGGACAAACAGGCCAUCUGUGUGGUGUGUCGGGAUUCAAGAAUUCAUAAGAAGCACAACUGCGUACCCAUAAAUGAAGCUGUACAAGAUCACAAGGUUGAACUUCUGACAGUGCUUGACGAUUUACAGCGUAAACUGAAGCUGUUCCAAGAACUCAAAUUGACUUCUAAUAAAACUGCAAAAUAUAUCCCGAUCCAGGCCCAGGACACUGAGAGGAAGAUAAAAGAUAACUUCAAAAAGCUUUAUCAGUUUCUUCGCAAUGAAGAAGCAACCAGGAUAGAUCUGUUGAGGAAAGAAGAGAUGCAAAAGAGUCAAAGAAUGAAGAGUGAGAUUGCAAAGGUAGACAGCGAGAUAGCUUCCCUCUCAGAGAUGAUUAAAUGCAUAUCUGACGAGGUGAGAACCACACACAUCUCCUUCCUGAAGAACUUCAAGGCUACCAUGGACAGAGCGUCUGCCAAGACCAGCCAGCCCAACCCCCCAAAAAGUUCAGGGACGCUGAUAAACGUUGCCAACCACCUCGGCAACUUGACAUUCAGAGUUUGGGAGAAGAUGCAAAAGAUAGCGACAUACAGUCCUGUCAUAUUGGACCCCAAUACUGCUGGUAAUGAGAUCUGUCUGUCUGAAGAUUUGACAUCUUUCAGCGAAGAUUGUAAACAACCAUGUCCUGUUAACCCAAAGGGGCGUAGUGAUGGGCAUGUACUGGGCUCUGAAGGCUUCAGCUCAGGGUCUCACAGCUGGGAGGUAGAGGUUGGGGAUAGUGUGUUUUGGAGCGUAGGCGUGGCCACUGACAAUUACACCUGGGUUAUCAUGUAUACCUGCAGUCAUUAUGUAGAAGAAUCUACUUAUAAUCAGAGGUGCCCUAAGUACACUGAGAUUGAUAUCAUGUAUGAAAUUAAACCUCAAAGUAUCAGAGUUGUCCUGGACCAGAACAAAGGCAAGCUGUCAUUCUUUGACUCUGACAGUAACACACAUCUACACACUAUUUUGAGACCGUUCACUGGCAAAGUCUUUCCAACAUUUUUGAAUGCGUAUGGGCCUAUGAAGAUUUUACCAAUGAAGACCUGCAUAACAGUAAGACAGCCCGAAAAGAGAAAACCUGCUCUUCCAAAGUAGUUACUACUCAUACUGUAUAUAAGACUUACAGAGUGCAGUAACUGGCACACAGAAAUGAUGUGUACGAUCGCAGCUUGCUAAGAACAUACAUCCCCCUCAGUGGAAUGCUGUGGAGUACAAUACCCCAGAUAAUGAUUCAGGAUACUGUACAUACUCUACCCUGGACACAGUUCAUCCUAAGAUUUAGGUCGAUUCCAUACUUUAAAUGGUCAGAGGAUUGAUCUUUUUAUGUAUCAACCCCAUCAUGUUCAUUUUCAGUUUGGAUUGUGUAUUAAUUUCAUGCCCUCAAGUCACUGUCAAUUACUGUCUACUAUCUUCUCUUGACAAUUAUUGGGUGAUUCUGUCAUAUUCAUAUUAGAAUACUGAACUAUAGGACUUCUAAAUUUACUGCAAUUAAUCCCUCUGAUGUACAGUAUAUUUGCAACAAAUAACAAAUAUAUACAUUGUUAAAUAUAUAAAUUGUCAAAUAAAAAUAUUUUGAGAAAAUGGUGUGAAUU